AUGAAAGGCAGGUCUGAGGGUUCCCAGCAGGGUCUGCCCUGGGGAGGUGGGGGUGGGUCUUGUCCGGGGCGUCUCCUCUCUGAUGCUGCUGCUGCUGCUGCUGCAACUGCAAGGCCAGUUGGGACUGGGGCUGAAGUGUUGGCUUGGUCUGGGAGAGUCCCAGGGAGCCUUCCCACGAGGGACCCUGCGCUGCACCUCGUGGCCGGAGGAUUAGGUGGCACGGCUGGAGCCAUCUUGACCUGCCCACUGGAGGUGGUGAAGACCCGCUUGCAGGCUUCCCCUUGGGUCCUGAGGCCCCUAUGCUUACCAGCGGUAGAGCUACCAGGGGUGAACGGAGCCCUGAUCCGCCCUGGGAUCCCCUCAGAAGGGAUCCUUCGGCUCUUGAGAUCCAUUCUAGAAAAGGAAGGAAUCCGCUCCCUGUUCCGAGGCCUGGGACCUAAUCUUAUUGGAGUUGCCCCUUCUAGGGCCAUAUAUUUUGCUGCAUAUUCACAGACGAAGGAGAAAUUGAACACCGUGCUGGUGCCAGAGUCCAAGAAAGUCCAUAUGCUUUCGGCAGCUUGUGCAGGGGUCACUUCUGCCACCUUGACCAAUCCUAUCUGGCUGGUAAAAACAAGAAUGCAACUGGAGGCCAGGGCCAAAGGUGAGAGUUGCACAAGUGGCCUUCAAUGUGCCAUGAGAGUUUACCACACAGAAGGGCUGAGAGGCUUUUACCGUGGGAUUACUGCUUCAUAUGCUGGCGUCUCGGAAACCAUAAUCCAUUUUGUUAUCUAUGAAGCACUGAAGCAGCGGCUGAGGGAGAAUCAGCCUUUCCUAGCCGCAGCCCUUCCCCUUCCACACAACAGCCAGGACUUCUGUGGGCUGAUGGUGGCAGCAGCCAUCUCCAAACUCUGUGCCUCAUGCAUUGCCUACCCACAUGAAGUCAUCCGGACAAGGCUGAGGGAAGAGGGCUCACGUUACCUCUCCUUUGUGCAAACUCUGCAACUUGUAGUCAGGGAAGAAGGUCCCUCAGCUCUUUACCGUGGGCUCCUGCCCCAUCUGAUGCGCCAGAUCCCCAAUGCUGCUAUUGUCAUGGUCACCUACGAACUGGUCAUUCACUUGGCAAGAAAAAUGUGACCCUCCUUCUCCUUCCUGACAAUCAGCUGAGGUUGCUCACAGCAUUGAGGUAUAUACAGUGCCUUAAUGUAAUUCAUGUGCCUCCCUUUUGGACAGCUGAGGAUCAGCUGCCCUACUAGAAAAACCCUGAAGUCCAGUAGCCUCUCAAUAAUCCUUUGCUUGCCAAACCUAAUAACUGAUGAAGAUCUUUGUGCUGGGCCUCUGUCAGAUGCCAGAAAGCAUCCACAGAUGAUGGCACAUCCAAGGAUCAGAGGUACAGCUGGAAAUAUGUGCACUUCAUCAAGGAGAAUCAACAAUCCAGAAAUCAAAGGGAUCUACCAGAAAUCAUGUUCAUAAGCAGACAGACUUCAGUGUCCCUGACAGGCUGGGUGCUAACAUACUGGUUGUGUCAUUCAGGGAAGAGACAGUGUUCUGCUCUACUUCUCCAAGGGUUUGAGCCAGGCUGGCCAAUUAGCAGAGCAGCUGCAGCUAGUUUUUAAGGGAAACAGUGGGAAAUUCUGUGGGGAGUGAGGUAGUGCAGAUUUGUGGGUCUCAAAAUUGAGAUGUCCUACACCAGCACCACUCUGUGACUACAGUUUGACUCGACAAGGCUCUGCUUGAAUGUUGACUUAAUUUGCCUGAUCAGGUAAUUUGGCCUCUCUAGUUCACCUUAUGGUUACCCUAAGUCAGAAACAACUUGAUUGCACAUAACAUCAAAAACAAGCAGGAUGUGUAUCCCUUUCUAAUUCAGAAAUCUUUCUCCUUGCUUUUGGUGAGAGCCAGAAUUGUGCAUGGGAUUAGAAUGUUACCUGAGAUGUAGGAGAACCGAGUUCUAGUCCCUUCUGUGACAUGGAUGACUGUGGACCAGUCACUGACCUACCUCAGGGUUAUUGUGAGGAUAAAUGUGCAAAGGAGAACCAUAUAGUGAGCUUUUUGGAGGAAAUAUGAAAUAUCAAUUUACCUAACUGAGAAACUGAAAUACCAGCUAUGGAGAAGAAGAGAUCUUGCUGUGAGUGGCAUCUGCAGUCACAUUCAGCAGGCUUCCUUACAGGUUUUCACUUGUAGAUUUUGCCUUCUUAAGAGGAAGACAAAAAAUCCAAGGAAGGUUUUUUUUUUUGGUGUGUGUGUGUGUGUAAUAAUAGACAGGCAGCUAGAAUGGGGACAUCAUCCAAGAAGAAGGAAGGCUGUACUGUGGUGAUGUGAAGAGCAGCCUCUGUUCCUUCCAGUGAAAGCCUGGUGUAUGGAACUCUGGCUUUGAUGCUCAGAAGAAAGAUGCAAUAAAUUUAGCAUAGCCCUGUGUUUUUAAGUUAAUAAAAUGUUCAUAUUUUAUUAAUAAAACUGCAAAGCUGCAA